AGGACCCAGCUCUGUGCUCCUGCAGCUGGCGGCUGAUUCCUGCUCCUGAGGCGUACAGGAAGCGGAUGGGGCUGGGGUAGGUGGGCUCCAGACAAGCCCAGAUUGCUGCAGAUCCUCGGUUCUGGUGAUGACGCUCUGAGCCACUGUGCAUCUUAGCACUCACAUUUAUGGACCUGGCCUGAACUGCAGAGCCUGCCUAUGGGGGAAGGAGACGCCAUCUGGGUUCCAUCCGUCCUUCCUCACAGUACCCUCGGCACCUUAAACCACCACCCUCAGCUGCAUUUUGGGAGAAAGAUGGAGUCGAAGGUCUCAGAAGGUGGACUCAAUGUCACCCUUACCAUCCGUCUGUUGAUGCAUGGAAAGGAAGUUGGAAGCAUCAUUGGGAAGAAAGGGGAGACAGUGAAGAAGAUGCGUGAGGAGAGUGGAGCCAGGAUCAACAUCUCAGAGGGAAACUGCCCAGAGAGAAUUGUGACCAUCACAGGGCCAACGGAUGCCAUCUUCAAGGCCUUCGCCAUGAUCGCAUACAAGUUUGAGGAGGACAUCAUUAACUCCAUGAGCAACAGCCCUGCCACCAGCAAGCCCCCGGUGACGCUGAGGCUGGUGGUCCCCGCCAGCCAGUGCGGGUCCCUGAUCGGCAAAGGCGGCUCCAAGAUCAAGGAGAUCAGGGAGUCCACAGGUGCCCAGGUCCAGGUAGCUGGGGACAUGCUGCCCAACUCCACAGAGCGGGCAGUGACCAUCUCAGGGACGCCGGACGCCAUCAUCCAGUGUGUCAAGCAGAUCUGUGUGGUCAUGCUGGAGUCCCCACCGAAAGGUGCCACCAUUCCCUACCGCCCAAAGCCCGCCUCCACCCCUGUCAUUUUUGCAGGUGGUCAGGCCUACACGAUCCAGGGACAGUACGCCAUCCCUCACCCGGAUCAGUUGACCAAGCUCCACCAGCUGGCCAUGCAGCAAACCCCCUUUCCUCCCCUCGGACAGACCAACCCCGCUUUCCCCGGAGAAAAGCUGCCUUUACACUCCUCCGAAGAAGCUCAAAAUCUGAUGGGCCAGUCGCCAGGUCUGGAUGCCAGCUCCCCAGCCAGCACUCAUGAGCUCACCAUUCCCAAUGAUCUAAUAGGCUGCAUAAUUGGGCGUCAAGGAACCAAAAUCAACGAAAUUCGACAGAUGUCUGGCGCUCAGAUCAAGAUUGCCAACGCCACUGAGGGGUCGUCGGAGCGCCAGAUCACCAUCACCGGCACCCCGGCUAACAUCAGCCUUGCCCAGUAUCUCAUCAAUGCCAGGCUGACGUCGGAGGUCACGGGGAUGGGCGGGCUCUAACCCUGCCGGCACCGGAGCCCGCGGCCCGUCGGUUCAUGCUGCUUGACCGCCGGCCCUCUGCGCAGAGCUGAGUGGAGUGUUCUCUUUACCGACAGAGGCGCCCCUGCACAGCCACGCGCGGCGUGGCGCCGCGCUCCGUGUUAGUUUAGCUGUCUCCAUGUGUGGGCAUGCUCUUUACUUUAGUGCUCCUGUGUUCCCACCGAGACGUUUUAGAAGUUGGUCCCUCAGCGUCCGCGUGACAGUUUUGAGUUGGUUUGAUGCUUACCUGCCCCUUGUGCUCUGAGACCCUCCUCUCUCACGCAUCCUGACUCAGUUUCCCCUAGAACCUGUGGUCUUGGCUCCUGUUUCCACCCCUGGUCACACGCUGAAAUCAGGGUGGUUGUUUUUUUGUUGUUGUUUUCCCCCGAAGCCCGUGGAGAGGGCCUUGAGCGUCGGGGCAGCAGGGUGGGGUGGGCCUGCCCGUGGCUCCGCCUCGUGCACGCGGGGCUAGCUGCGGAUCCGGGGGUCGCCAGGACGCCCCUCUGUGCUGUCAGAUUCAAUAA